AUGCCAACAACCAAACAAAUGGAGAAACAAAAUCAUUCCAUGGUGUCUGAGUUUAUUUUGCUGGGCCUCACAGAGUUUCGUGAGUUACAGCUUUGCUUAUUUUUGUUUUUUUCCAUUAUCUAUGUAGUCACUGUGUUAGGUAACCUCAUGAUUAUCUUUGUAGUAAAACUGGACCCUCAAUUACACUCUCCCAUGUACUUCCUGCUGGCCAACCUCUCCUUUAUUGAUAUGUCCCUGGCCUCCUUUGCUACUCCUAAAAUGAUCUGUAACCUAAUUAGUGAAUAUAAGGCUAUCUCCUAUAAAGGCUGCAUGGCCCAGAUGUUCUUCCUUCACCUUUUAGGUGGAAGUGAGAUGAUGUUGCUUGUAGCCAUGGCAAUUGAUAGAUUCAUUGCUAUUUGCAAACCUCUCCAUUACAAAAAUGUCAUGAACCAUCAUGUUUGCAUUGGACUUGCACUUUUUUCCUGGACCACUGGUUUUGUACACACUAUGAGCCAAAUGGUGUUCACAAUGACUUUACCAUUCUGUGGUCCCAAUGUUGUGGAUAGUUUUUUUUGUGAUCUGCCUCGGGUCAUCAGACUUGCCUGCACUGACACUUACAUCCUGGAGCUAUUGGUCAUUGCAUUCAGUGGACUACUCGCUUUGUUCUGUUUCACCUUUCUGUUCAUCUCCUAUAGCAUCAUUCUAAUUACCGUCCAGCGUCGCUCCUCCACCAGGUCUUCCAAGGCUUUGUCCACUCUCUCAACCCACAUUAUAGUGGUGGUGCUGUUCUUUGGACCUUGCAUCUUUAUCUACAUAUGGCCAUUCAGCAAGAUCUCCAUAGAUAAGAUCCUUUCUGUGUUUUACACCAUUUUUACUCCCCUUUUAAAUCCAAUCAUCUACACAUUCAGGAAUAAAGACAUGAGAAAAGCAAUAAGAAAAAUAAAGAAGAAGCAUGUGAGUCCCAGAUCGACCUUUUAA